AUGCACACGAUAGACAGGUUUAAGAGACCAAGCGUCAGGGCAAAGGACGCCAGGGCAAAGGGCCCCUUGAAAAUCGUUCAUGAUUCUGGUCAGGUAUACACCGAGACUGAGUCUUCACCAGCUGCUAAAGUAACGAAUGGGCCGGCAUGGCUUCAUGAGUCGCCAUUUUUACUGAUGGGCUGGGAGGAAGGAAGUCCUUUCGGGGCAUCUCCAUUGAGGUACUUGGCGAUGAGAACGCUGGUCACAGAUCAGAGGAACUUGUCGAUACCCCUGUUUGCAAAUGUGCCAUGGCAUAUUGCGCGCGAUAUAUGGGACUAUCUGGGUAGAUGCCACAAACAAACUCUACACAUGUGGAAGAUAUUCGCAACUGUGUAUCCGAUUCAGUUCCGAGAAAUCGAACAGUACCGUUCAAUGAAGAUCGAAGAACCACGAAUUUCUAUGCGAGAGUAUCUUGGACUGACGAAGAGCAAGAGCCUGAGUUGGCGAGUUGUAUUGACUCUGGGAUCAUCAUAUGCUCGAAUUCCUGAACUCGUUGGGAUAUCUGAGAUAAAAAACCUAGUUGCAUUGGAUAUUGCUACGCCCCCAAAGCAAGGUGCAUCGCCCGAGUCCGACAUACAGAUGACGGCACUGACGGACCGAAUCGUUCGCACCUGGAGCGAAAUGGCCCAGACGAAAGAUGCAUUUUCACAACUUCGGGUUUUGAUUAUACGAAAUCAAACAGAUCUAUCGAAGAUGGCACUUCACUUUCUGAAAUCAUUCCCGAGCUUACAAUUUGUCGUCGCACUUGAAUGUCCUGGUAUUGCCUCCGCAUUCUCCGACGGCGGCUUGUAUGAUGGAUGGAUGGUUGCAGAAGUCAUGCAAUCUCCACCAGGCACUCUAUAUGAACUUUACAAAUCCAACUGCAAGGCAGCCGGUAUCGAAGAUUCAACACCAGUUUUGGAAUUUCAAAUCGGCAAGAUGAGCCCAAAGCCCCGUGGGCGAGCCAAUCGUCCGAAACCCCACUGUGCCGUAUAUCAACGGACAGAUGACGCCCCUCGACGAAUGGAUCCCGAACCGAGCACCAGGAAACGGAAAGAUGUUGGAGCUUCAGACAGUCAGCGUGGGCAAGCGCAUCCUCGUAAGAGCAAGGCCGUUAUGAAGGACCGUACAAAAGAUAUUGGCGAUGUGCUCAGUGGCUUUUUCUGA